AUACUUUACAUGUACCAAUACAAGUUUAAAAUAAUAAAGAGCAGCUAUUUUAACAUCUACCAUAAUGCAUCACUGCCAGAAGAGCCGUUCAUCAGGGGUCUCAAACUCACCGCUCGCGGGCCAUUUGUGGACCCCCAAAUCGUACCUUGAGGCCUGUGACUGGACAUCAAAGAGUAGUGUAACUGCCGCCCGCAGCAUCAGGGCAAGCUCAGUGUUACUUACAGGAGCAAGUAAACACCAACAGUGGUGUUAUCACAUGGGUGUAUUGUGAAUUGUAAUUGAGUUUGAGACCCCUGAUCUACAUAGUGUAAAUGGAUGGCGCUGCAAUGUUGCCUCUGUCCACCAGAUGGAACCAUAGGAGCCCAGAGGGAGGCUGAUGUCACUGCAGCGCCACAAUGAAUGUGUCGCUCAGACGCAAUGCCUUAUGGGAAAACUUUAAAAUGUUGUUUAUUUAUUUUAAACUUGUAUUGGUACUUGUUUGUAUAUUUCUGAGGUAUACUUUUGAAGUGUUAAGUUGCUGUUUUAUGAAUUUAGUGUUCUCAGUAAGAUAACACUGUGAGUCAGACUGUUCUGUUGUUAUACUGUUAUGUAUAAUGACCUCCCGCAAUUUCCAAUGGGUUGACACGCUUGUUGUGAGCGCACUGAUGGCUUGUGAUUGGCUCCUGCCAAACAAAGAGCUACCGUUUCCUCACUGACUUGCAAUUUUGCCAUAGAUUAGCCGCACCGCUGUAUAAGGGUUCAAAUCUUAAGUAAAAAGUAGUGGCUUAUCAGUGGAAUUUACGGUAGUCAAAAAAUACACAUAUUCGAGCAAAUUUUAUUAAUUUGUUGCUAGCAUAAAACUGGCUAAAUGAAGUAAAAUACAAAUAUAAGGCAUUCAGAAGACGCAUUCAAAUACGUUGUGAUGAUAUGUGGUAUUCUACACUUGGUUACUAGGUGUCAGUAAUGUUACUGUAAUACUGGGUGAGACACACAAGCACCAAACCUCAUCACCAGAAUAGGCUUUUAUUGCAGGUUUGAAUGAUCUCACAACAGGCACAAUAAUUCCUAACACGGGCUAUUGUUGUGGCCGUAACCCACACCAAGCUUAAACCUAAAGUCUGAAACCCCAAUGUCACGUCCUUUCCACACACCAGUACGAGUCUUUAAAUCAUUUAUGUCCUAAAUGUCUUAUUUACUCUUAUUAGGUCUUCUAUAUUGGGUAAUAGUAGUGUAAUGGUGACUAUAUUAUUUAAUUUCCAGAGGGCUCUAAUAAUGUUAAAUGUGUAUUUCGGAGGUGGUUAACGGGUUUUCUAUGCUCCAACUAUAAAAAUAUUCCAUGUAUAAAUAAGGAAUCCUACUUUGCGGAAAUUCACUUAUCACUGUCGGGUCUGGCACCAAUUAACCACUUUAAACAAAGGAUUACUGAGUCAUGAGUCAAAGUGAAUGACAAGACACAUAUUGAGUCAUUGAAUAAAACAAUCAUGGACUGUGAACGUCACCUUCCUCUUGAUGUUCUCCAGCAGGUCAUCCUGUCCUUGUUGGAAAAAAGCAUGCUGAAACUCCACAGGGCCAUCUCUCUCCUGCUUGACAACGCCUUGGUCAGGGUGCAUCACUUUACGGAAUCCAUCUGCAUGAAUUAGGAUGUGUACAAUCAAUGACAGGUCUUGUCAUGACAAACACAGUUUACAUUGUAGCUGUAAAGACAAUGCUGUACAAUGUAGAUUGUGUACAGGAAGUAUUCACAGCACUUCACUUUUUACACAUUUUCUUGUGUUACAGCUAGCUGCCACUUCAUAAUCGCUUUCUUAAAUCGAUUAAUGUGAAGCUUGUUGUUUUGAUUAAUGGAGUUAAUUAAUGGGUUAGGCACUAGACAGAACAAAUCAAUAUUAACCAAACAAACAGUUAGUGGUUUGUAGGGCUGUCUUCCACUAAGAAUUUUCAUAGUCGAUUGUGGCGACAGAGACAAAUAAACAAAUCUCAUUUGUGACUUUUUCCACCUAAAAGAAUGACUCAGUUAAACAAAUAAACAUGGUAGGUGAGCAAGAACCUUAAUUUAUUUUGUGACACAGAAAGCAAGACGAACAAAACCGGAACACGGUCCAUGUCGGCACACAUCAAAAAAGUGUACAUAGAAUAGGAACAACAUGGCUUGAAACAACAACUUGCCAAAACUCUCAGUCAGCAGCCUCAUUUCUUGGAUUUAAAUUCGCUGUUGGCAUAUAAAAUGACGUUGGCGUAUCAGCCUUACCUGUUUUAAAUGAUACAACAUAUUGGUUGUUGUAAUAUUUAAGAAGCUGCUAACACAAGUUGCACUUUACUUUCUUGGCCUCAUCUUUAUUCUUUUCAAGUAUUCAAGUCUUUUUAGUAGCCAUUAUGAGCCAAUAAGUCUGUCAGUGUUGACGGUCGUCCUAGCGCUCACCUCAGCUCCUUUGGAUUGUGAAACUGCAGCAGGUAAUUUUAUUAAUGCACAUGAGGCUGAUUUGGUAUCAUGUAUAACAAAAACAAAGACAUUCUAUGUAAAGAUAUAUGCUCAGCAGCAGCCGUGGUCACCCCCAUGUAGUCAGAAUGCUACAAUCUUCAUCACAACAUUUUUGUAUGAUUUGACGGUGAGAUUGAUAGUUGAAUCAGAUAGGGGUGCAACAAUACCUUGAAUAAUUCGAUUACCUUGAUUACAAUAUUAUCAUCAAGGGUUUUUUUUCUGCCUCAAGGAAUUGCUUAUGUUACCAACGCCCUUACGUCACCCACGCAGGGGGCGAAGAGGCGAGAGAACGCGACAAGGUAACGAACGAGAAAAAAAAACAAUGUACAGAGUGAACCCUUGAGGUGACUGACAAGGAAAACAGACACACAUGCACAUGGUAAUAUCUGGAGUACAGGAAAAUUUGUUGAGAUCAUUUUAUCUUGUGAUUAAUUUAUUUACUUCUUAUUGCGAGACAUUUUUUUGCUGAGCUGGAACAUAAGAAAAUGUGUAAAAAGUGAAUACUUUCCAGAUACACUGCAUGUUGAUAGGAAUACAAGUCCAAGUAAAAAGAGAAACAUGUUUACACUGCCUCAAAAUAUGAAAUUUGAUUCCAUUGUACAGUGGAAUCUAUACAUUCAAAACACCCAAUUUUCCAACCAUUUCUGAAAAGCUGCAGCUCUAAAAUUGCACUAAACUUUGGGGUUUAUACAAGAAUCGUCCUAUAUGAUGUCACGUGUGACUUCACCUCGUUAAACAGUUGAACUACAGCUUUAACUGCAUGUUUUCGCUUCCUACAAUGUAUUUGGAUCUGUGAUGUUGCUUGAGUGAUGUCACAGACGGGUUGCCACAUAAAUGUGCUACACAUCUGUCCAGGCUGCUUAGUACAAGAUAGCUAAAACAACACUGAAAGGAAUGUACACAAAGUCAUCUGUGCUCAGUCUUUCUAAUAUGUCAUUUUUGUCUCUACAUGGUCAUUUUUGUCUCUACAUGUGUCGCAUCUGGAGGAGAGACUACAAUAAUUUAAUAACAUCUUUAUUUUGACUUUGUGGAUUAUUUCUCUAGCUUUCUAUUAAGAACGUUGUGAAAUGUAACAGCGGAGGAGUGAGUGCUAUACAGUCGGCUAUGUUGGGUGUUUGUGUGUAUGCGUGCGUGUAUAUGUGAACCCCGCACACCCAAAGCUCUAAACCAGGGGUGUCCAAAAUGCGGCCCAAGGGCCAUUCGUGUGUGUGUGUAUAUAUAUAUAUAUAUAUAUAUAUAUAUAUAUCCUUCAGAGUGCAUGUAAGACAAGUGAAGGCUUACACAUGUUGAGCUGCCUGAUGAAGCUGGCCAUGUUGUUGUGCUUGAAGAACUUGGGGAGAAUCUCCUUGGCAAAGCGCUGCUCAUCCAGCACCAGGAAACUAUUGCCCUCCUGAAAAGCAAAGCAGAUGCAGCAUGAUUAUACUGAUAUCAAUUAUUACGUCCAAAUGUCACCAGGAAUAAGUGCUUUUGGACUGGAUAUCCUUACGAGCGACUGUGAUAGCUUAAUAUCCAAGUUUAGAUCAAACCAGAUGGGAUUUAUGCUGGAACAAUUUUACAAAACAUGUGAGCGUGUUACUGAAGGACUCAAGGCAAGUAGCGAUGGCUAAGUUGACGCAAGGCUAAUCAGCGUCACGGAUGGCUUUUUUGUGUUAGCUUCUCUAGCAUGCAAAUGCUAUGUGCACAUUUAGCUUUACCUGACUCCAACAGAUAAGUUCAUUGGUGUCCGCAUCUUCCACCAGCGUCCACAGCUUGGUGAGGAAACCUGGGACGUUCGAGUUGUGUUUCAUCUCAAAAACACAAGGACAUUAACAAAGAAUCAGCGACGUUUCCUCUACUUUCGACUGCUAAUGGUUGCACCAAUGUGUCUCGUGUUGUGGAUACUCAUACAACAUCCGGUUGCAGUGGUUGCCGCUGAUUGGCCAAACACCUGUUUUACGUAACGCCCUUCACUCACGUGGGGUUCCUCACAUGCGAACAAAGUUUUAGUUGUCGUGAUAAACACGUGCCUUUCCACCUUUUUGUUCUUAUUUCCAAUUUUGCAAUGGCCGUUGUGUAAGCUGUUUAGGUUCCCAAUGUUGAGAUUCAAAAUGCAUUCAUGUCUGUUUCGUCCAAAAAAUUAUAUUUGUGAAAAAUAGUUUUAAUCUGAAAACCUACUGCAGUUGUUUCCUGUACUUUGGGAUAAUUUGUCCCCGAUCCUUACGCAGGUGGUGCGUGUAUUGUCUUAGUCACUUCUGGUCAGUUUGAUCAAUAGCAAAUAUCGAAGGACAUUGUGUUCUAAAAGUAAAUGGUACACACAAUAUAUCCGUGCUUUCUACGUUGAAGGAGUUGAGUUGUGCGAGGAAGGGCUGCCUGUGAGAACAAAAUGGGUCACAUUGUUUGUUCUGAGUUACCGCGGAACUUACCGCGGAACUCAAGGGUGCGUCUGACGUUUCCACAAAAAAGUUAGUUUGUGCAACGCUAUUGUGUGUGUCUAAUUACAAUUAGACUACUAGUUUCAUCACAAGCGACACAAUUAGGCCUAAAUUAAGACCCAAAGUGAUGCAGGGGCAGCUAAAAAAGUAGAUUUUUCGAUGUUGAAGAGGACGUCUUCUACGAGACACAGAAAGUGUGUGAUGUGGUCGUCAUGGCGAUGAGUGGAGAACAGGAGGCUUUAAUCAGCCAAAUGUUUGAAGCUUAUGUUGCAGAAUAUCAUCAUGACGACAUUGUCCAGCUCUUUGCAGGCGACAGUGAAGAUGUUCAUCAGCCUCUUGUUAUCAAUGCUAUGACACUCUUUGAAGCCAAUAUGGAGAUUGGCGACUAUUUCAAUGCCUAUCCAAAUGAUGUUCUGGCAAUAUUUGACAAAGUGUUGCACAAGACAGUGCUUGAGUUGUCAAAGAAAGCCUCGAGCAAUCAGUCUGGAGGACGAUCACAUGAAGAGCCCGGAAUCAAACACACUCUCCAUGCCCGCAUUACAGGUCUACCAGUGUGUCCAGAGCUCAUCAGAGACACAAUUCCCCGGUCCAGGGAUGUGGGCCACUUCUUAUCUGUCACUGGGACUGUAAUACGCACCAGUGUUGCCAAGGUGCUGGAGUACGAGCGUGAUUACAUGUGCGCCAAGUGUCGCCAUGUUUUUGUGCUGCAGGCAGACUUCAGCCAGUUCUAUUCCUUUUUCCCGCCACCGACCUGCCCUAAUCCGGAUGGCUGUAACUCCUGCAAGUUCACUUGUCUGUCUGGAGGCGCCGAGCCAGCCUCCUGCAAGGAUUACCAGGAGAUCAAAAUACAAGAGCAAGUACAGAGGUUGUCAGUGGGCAGUAUUCCUCGUUCUAUGGUCGUGGUUCUGGAGGAUGACCUGGUGGACAUGUGUAAAUCUGGAGAUGAUGUUACUGUUUACGGAGUCAUGUGCCAGCGCUGGAAACCCUUUUAUGACGGCUCUCGCUGUGACGUGGAGCUGGUCCUCAAAGCCAACAACAUGGAAGUCAACAACCAGCAGGGUGCUGCUGCUCUGCUCAUAGAGGAUGUUCAAAAGGAAUUUGAAGAAUUCUGGGAGCUCCACAAACAUGAUCCCAUAACCGGCAGGAACCAGAUCCUGUUGAGCCUAUGUCCUCAAGUCUUUGGCAUGUACGUGAUUAAACUGGCGGUUGCCAUGGUGCUAGCUGGUGGGGUGCAGAGAAUAGAUUCCUCUGGAACCAAGAUCAGAGGUGAAUGCCACAUGUUGCUUGUUGGAGAUCCCGGCACUGGGAAGUCUCAGUUCUUAAAGUAUGCAGCUAAGAUUAUGCCUCGCUCCGUACUCACUGCUGGAAUUGGCUCCACAAGUGCAGGACUGACGGUCGCAGCAGUAAAGGAUGGAGGUGAUUGGCAUCUGGAGGCAGGGGCCCUGGUCCUCUCAGAUGGAGGAUUAUGCUGCAUUGAUGAAUUCAACAGCAUCAAAGAACACGACCGCAUCAGCAUCCACGAGGCCAUGGAACAGCAGUCCAUUAGCGUGGCCAAGGCCGGUAUGGUGUGUAAGCUGAACACUCGCACUACUAUUCUGGCAGCUACCAACCCCAAGGGCCAGUACGAUCCCAAUGAAGCACUGUCCGUCAACGUAGCACUCGCCAGCCCUUUGCUGAGUCGCUUUGACCUGGUUCUGGUUCUGCUGGACACCAGAAACGCAGAGUGGGACCGCAUCAUCUCCUCUUUCGUUCUGGAGAAUAGAGGACUGCCCUCUGAGAGCUCCACCCUGUGGUCCAUGGAGAAAAUGAAGGCUUAUUUUUGUGUGAUAAAGCGCUUGCAGCCGCAGGUUUCUGAGGAGGCCAAGUGCAUCUUAUCAAGGUACUACCAGCUGCAGAGACAGAGUGAAGGCCGCAACGCUGCACGCACGACCAUCCGCAUGCUGGAGAGUUUGAGCAGACUGGCUGAAGCUCAUGCCAGGCUCAUGUUUCGAGAGACUGUGACGAUAGAGGACGCUGUCUUGGCCGUCUCUGUCAUGGAAUCUUCCAUGCAGAGUGGUGGGCUGCUCGGCAGCGUAAAUGCAAUACUCACCUCCUUCCCCGAUGACCCAGGCCGACAGUACCAGACCCAGUGUCAGGUACUACUGGAAGCAAUGAACCUCCCACUUCUGCUUCAGAAGGAGAUGGACCGAGUGAGCAGGCUGAGGAGCAACAUCACAGGGGCUUGCAGCUCCACUAAUACUGACCAGCAGCAACUUGGACACACAAGCUCAAUCAGCAAAACACAAGCUGACAUGGCAAAGGAGAGGAAGGCUGCCACUGAGCUGGAGACGGGCUUGGACUGGUUUCAUUCCAUUACACCGUCUCUAUCUGCAUAUCCAAUGUCGUCAACUCAAAUGGACUCCGAUCCAAAACCAAACUCCAGUUUGUCAAGUCAUCUCAGCUUAUCAAUCAACCAAAAUCUUAUUUUAGAUACAGCUGCCUUUGAGGAACAAGGACUGAUUGGAGAAAAAAGCCACAAAGCUCAAGAGAGUCUAGAAGAGUCGGAGAGAAGACGCAACAAGCCUUCAAGCAGUGUGAUUCAGAAAGUGGGUAAAAACCUAAGAGAUAGACGAGUCAAGGAGUUGCAGCAUCAACACCAGCCAGGAGAACAAGGAGAAAGUGGUGGAACGUCCAAAACUUUCUUGAAUCAAAGUAAACCGGACGAUGGCGGGCGUGUUCCAUUAGAGGAGGACGUCGGAGCCUGUCACACAGCACCUAAAAACCUUAGCACUGUGUUACGAGAAAAGAUGGCCGCUUCUGUCGGAACUGAUCCGGAUAUUUGUGCCAAGUUUUCAGGUUUCACAUUCAAACCAAGGAAGAUGAGAGCGUUCAUCCACAACCUUAAUGCCCAUGCACAGGUCCAACAGGAAGACGAGCCAGAGGUAGGCAGAGAUGGAGGAAACGGAGAAGGCAGACAACGCCAACAGAGGGAUGGAAGUGGAGCUGAUGUCGCCUCUGCAAUCACAAUCCAUGACUAUGAGGAAAGGAAUGAAACACAGCAAAAGCAAGAUGGAGGCCAGUCGAGCUGUGUCAGCGAUAAUGCAGCUUUCUGUUUGCUGGAGAAGGAAACUGAAGUUCAAGGCAGUGGCAGAAUAAAGCCAGCAGAGGACACAGGACUUGUGUGUCCUGAUGUUGAUGGGACUAAAGAUUGCUUCAUACUUGUAAGGGCACCUGCUCAGAAACCAGCAGUUAACCCCUCAACCCUUGCUAAACUCUCAAGAUUCUCUUUCACUGCCACAAGCAAUCCAUCACACCUGGAAAGGAACCCUCAAACAAGUCCACCUAAAAGAGACUGUGUCCAGUCUUUGAGGACUACUCAAGGCCAACUCAGUCCCUCGAGAAAGAGAACGAGAACUACAUUGGACAACAAGAUUAAGGCCGCAUCAUCCUUCCUGCUCUCUCCUGAUCUGGGCCAUGGACUAGUGACGAGUGACAGACCAAUGCCCGACGGUGGUAGAGAUCCAGUGAAAAUGGUGAAACAACCCCCGAUGAAGAAGAGAAAGUGUUUUGAACUGGGUCCUCCAAGUGGCUCAUGUGCUUCCAGAGAUGUUUGUCUCUUUGGCUCAGCCGAGCUCACUGAUGAUGUUCUUGACACAGACUGGGACAAAGAGAUAGCCAAGAAAACCCAUUUGUGACGCCAAGUUCACUUCUUUCUUCUUCUUUGUGUGCUACUAUUACAUAUAACAAAAACUACCAACUAGUCCAGAAAAUAAACUUUUUCAAUCUACUACAUUGAAAGAGUGAAAUUUAUUGAUUGUCUUAUGAUCAUUUUUGCUAUUGUGACAAAUACGUCAGAUCAGGCUUUCCAUAGGAAUUUGAAGGCUAAAAGUGCAAUAGGAUAUUUUCCUAGCUUGUUUUCUAUGAAUCCAUUGAAGAAAUAUAGUAACAAGAGUUGAAAGCAUGACAAAUAUUACAUGCAUUUCAAGAAAAACUGCAUUUUUAACAUUUUGCCCAUCAUCCACAAUCCUUACGUUAGACACGAUUACACAUCAUUCCCUGUUUUGUGCGUUCGAAAGAGAGGGAAACAGCUAGCACGAGGCAGCUAAUGAUACACGUAAUGGGACUCCCCUAUUUCAACUAUGAAGCCCUCUAAAAAAACUCCAAAAAUGCCAAUGUUUCAUUUACAUAAUGUAAAUUCAUCCAUCCAUUUUCUGUGCAUCUUAUGCUUAUUAGGGUCGUGAGGGUAUCCCAGCUAAUCUCAGCGAAAGGCGGGGUACACCCUGGACUGGUUGCCAGCCA